AUGGCGCUCUUGUGUGAGUUCUGCUCUGGCGCCUCGAUACUGGCGCUCCGGCAAGAUAAACGCCUGCUCAAGCUACCGCCUUACCUCUCCGCGCUCUGCAUCAUCAUUGGAAUAGGGUGGUUGCUGGUUCUUCCGCUAAACGACUACUCGCGCAGGACAUAUGUCUCCGAGAACGCGCUCUUGCCUGGACAGGUACACACCUACUUUACUGGAAGCGAGCACAAUGUGUUCCGCGCCUAUCGCCAUGAGGUCCAUGGAUUGAUGGAGAAGCCUGUCGCUGAGCGCUCACAGCGACUCGAAGCCAUCUUCCGCGAACAGAACCUCAAAGUCGCAACCCAGCACUACAACUACACCGUCUCGAACCAAACAAUCGCAAACGAAAAUGUCUACGCUAUCCUCCAGGGGCCCCGCGCGGAUGCCACCGAAGCAAUUGUGCUGAUUGGAGCUUGGAAGAACAUGGCAGACGAGGUCAACAACUCUGGUGUCGCAUUGGUCCUCACACUGGCGCGCUACUUCAAGCGCUGGAGUCUAUGGAGCAAGGACAUCAUCCUGCUCAUUCCCGGCGACAGCACGAUCGGAUCCCAGGCUUGGGUCGAUGCAUACCACGAGGCCCACGAUACGCGUUACGUCGAGAGCUUGAAGAUCAAGAGCGGGGCACUACAAGGAGCGGUCGCAGUCGAUUAUCCUGCUGGUCCAUGGGGUCACCGAUACGACAAACUGCAUGUGGUGUAUGAUGGCAUAAACGGUCAACUUCCCAACCUGGAUCUGUUCAACACCGCGGUCCAGAUCGCCUCCAGCCAAAUGGGCAUCGGCUGUGUGAUCCAACGGAUGUGGGACCACAAGGACUCAUACAAGGAGCGUCUUCAGACUAUGCUUCGAGGCAUGCUCUCGCAAGGCAUUGGCCAUGCGACCGGACCCCAUUCAUCUUUCAUUCCAUACCACGUCGACGCGAUUACACUGGUGACAGUCGGAAACGGGUGGCACGACGAGAUGUCGCUGGGCAAGACGAUCGAGUCGCUUUUCCGAAGCUUGAACAACCUUCUUGAACACCUGCACCAGAGUUUCUUCUUCUAUCUUUUGUUGCAAGACAAGCGUUUCGUCAGCAUCGGCACAUACCUUCCCUCUGCCAUGCUAAUUGCGUUCAACUUCAGCAUCGCAGCCAUGGCAUUGUGGGUAAAGAGCGGACGUACCACGAAGCCCAUUGGUAACCCCGCAGCCACGAACCCCAAGAAGGCUCCCGUCGAGAAGCCAUCUCCCGCAGACACCAAGGCAAAGGAUCCAGAAGUCAAUGAGAAAUCUGAAGGUGAAAAGAAGCCUGAACCUGAACAACCAGCAACAGAACUCGUCGAAAAAGACGGCUCCUUGGCCAUUGUCCCCGUAGCCAGCACAACGAUAACAGAACGCCACCUCCUCUUCCCCCUCAUACUUGUCCUCGCCGCCCACGCCUCCGGUCUGAUUCCCCUCUACCUAUUCAGUAACUGGGACGCCGACCACCUCCCCAACCUCUUCCUUACAGCCUGCAACGUUACCACGCUCGCCCCGCUCAUCAUAACCUUCCUCUUCUGGUGGUCUGCUCCUGAUGUCCUUACCCCGCAAGCUCUCUGCCUAUUCCAAUGUUUCUCGUUGCUGCUACUAGGCAUGUUCCUCGCGGCACUGGCGACGUUGAACUUUAGUUUGAGUGUCUUGGUUGGUGUGCUGUGUGUACCGUUGAGUUAUGUACGCAGGAGUGGUAACAACAGCAUCACAGGGCUGCAGAUGUUGAUUUUGGCCAUGACGAAUCCCCUCCUGGUUGUGCAGACUGCAACCAAGCUGCUGGGAGUGGGUCUUAUGGACGUGCUCAUGCAGAGUGCCAUUGGAUGGCACAUUUGGGGCAUGUGGACGCAGGUUGUUGUUUGGUUAGUCUGGUUCCCUGCGUGGUUGGUGGGAGCUUUGGUGGUUUCCGCUGGAUUCUGGCAAUAG